GUUUCCGUUACAUUAACGUCGCCGUGGCGUCUGUCAUUACAAUUACCACCCACUCGUUCGCUAUGUCCCUCUCUCUCCGUGCCUCUUCGUUUCGGUUUUCCCUACGCUUUGAGUUAAUCUAUUUUUAGCAACAUUUCCAAUUGGAAGACUUUUGAUUUGACCUUUUGACAUGUUAGCAAAAGCUUUCAACUAUAAUUAUUUGGCAGACAAAAAAUAGAGCUCGUAUGAACAUUGAAACCGCCGGCAAAAGGGAAACGUCAGUCGCAACGCUGUCGGAGGCGCCAGCUACAGCGUCAGCGACUACGACGUUUGUGGAUGCUUUAAUUAAAUUUGUAAAACAAACCCAAAGUUAAAAGAGGAACUGCAGAGAAGAUCGUCGAUGGUUUCAAUGAAAAUCGUAUAAUGGAAGCGUCACCUGAAUCGUGUGUAUUAUGCGAUGCAAACGGACAGGAGGGCAGCGACGAUGCGCUUUAUUCUGGCAAACAGUCGGAUUCCCAGACAGUAUUAAAUCCGCAGGAGGUGGAGGUCGAGGCUGCAGCAGAGCCAGAUUCAUACGGAGCUGCAUCUGAACUAGAAAUACAACAGGAUGAUCAACUGCAGUCGCUGGAGCCCAUCUCCUUGGAUGACAUACCCGAGCCCAUUAAAGUGCUUGACGACAUCAUCUCGGAGUUCGAAGAGGCAGCAACAAAACCGAGUGCCUUGCACUGUAACAGUGGGGAGAACCAGUCCGAGGAUGAUGGCUAUAUGAGUCUAAGUCGCAAAAACAUGUCCAAAAAGGAUUCGGAAGAUGUGCCACAGACGCCCAGCACCGACACCGUGCCGGAGGGCAGCUUUAAUGAGGAUGGUACGGCGGAGAAUUUAACCAAAUUAAACGAGGUGGAGGAGCAAGGGCAGAAAACGACAACGCCCCUGAUUCAAACAACGCUGCCAAAGGCACGGAGUUCAGGCUCGACUCCUGCCAGCGACUCGAAGUUUUCGAGUCUUCCGUGUUGCGGGGCCAGCAGGACAUCGAAUUUGAUCGGAACCUCUGUUGGCAAGUCCUCAAGUGGAUUAGCAGCCAUCCGACAUGCAGGCGGGAGCUGUAACGGUGGACGCAACGCUCUGGGAAUCGAUAUUAGCGCCGUUCAUAAUGCGGUAUUGCGGGGAAAUCUGGCCAAACUGCCAGAGCCGUUUGUCAACGAACAUCCUGUGACCAUCUAUCCGGGACCCUCCUCCUCGAAGUCGUCUUCGGGCGGAGACGGAGGAGCGCGUGGAAAGCGACUGCUCAGUUCGGUCGAGAAGCAUAAGGAGGUGUGCCACAUGCUCCACCCCCAUUCAAACAGCUCCUCGGCCUCAUCGUCCAAUUCAAGUGGCGAGGGCUCGCCAGCUGCCUCGCACGUUAAUGUGGCGACAUCGAAGCUGGCUGUUGGCCGGCGGGAUGAGGAUUACUCGGAGGAUUCUUUGGAGGAGUCUACCAUCUCGACAGAUCUUACACCUGUUAAACAGAACGGUGUUGCCUGGGAGAUCCACUUCAAGAAUAAUGCAAAAAAAAAAACUUGUGGUUCCAAAAAAUCACCAACGCUGGUGCUUCCAAAAAGGUACGUUUUCUAUUGAACUACAAAUAAAAUGAAGUCUUGUACUGUAUAUUCAAUUUCUCGUACCCAAUAGAAUAACAACACGGAAGACUUUGGCAGCAACUUUGCGUACAAUCAGCAAAGUAUGCUGGGAAAAGGAACAUUUAUCAUACGACGUUCUACGGCCAAAAAGCCGCCCCGUGCCUCAGAAGUGUUUAGUAUACCGAAACCGCCGCGCCCCUCGUUGGGCGAGAGAACAGGCAAUGGGUCCGGAGGAGCCAAUGUCGGUGCCAUCAGCAACGAGUUCUACACAAGCGAUAGUGAGCCAAGCGAUGCGGCUCCUCUUCCACUUCCCUUACCCGUGCCCGUUCCCGUCUCCGUAACCGUACCCCUUCACCCACCGACCUCUGCCACCUCCGCCGAAAUGAAUUUCGUGUAUAAGGAGUGCGAAGCUAAUGCGGCUCAAACACGACGUGGACUAGAAAUGGCGGCCGCCCAACGAGCAGCCCUCUCGCUGGAUAUUGCUGAUGCAGCUGAACAGCUUAGUCACUGCAAGCCAACUAAGAGCAAGACGGCCAUGCUGACCGAGAAGCGACUAAGUGCCGAGUCUAUGCCGGAUAACAACACCUCCAGCAGCGAGGAGUUUGAUGAGGCUCGUCUAAAUGGAAGCGGAAGUUUUGAUUUGUACGCCUUUAACGGGAAUGAUCAGCGAGUCUCAAACGCCACCACUCCCCAUACAGAUCUGGCUCCCACUCUGGAGGAGGACGAAGAGCUAUCCGACCUAAGCUUUGGAUGUGCUCCACUGCUGCAAAUUGAGCAUAACAUAAGCGCAUUGCUGCGCGGCGACAUUCCCAUUGUGGGUCAGCAAACUGGUUGCAGCAACGCUGCUGGAGCAUCUGGGGGAGCCGUUGGACUCUCUGCAGCUGCCGCGGCCGAGCUGCAUGCCAAGCGGAUUCUUGAGUUUCGCCCAGGCGUUCACAAAUCUGAGAGUGCCAAGGAGAUGUUGUUGUCACAGAUGCCAAAUUUUGGCCCAUUGCCUCCAUCGCCACCCCCAAGUUCCAAGCUUCCGGACUUCGACUACGACGCUCCCUUGCCGCCGUCGCCAGUUGAGCCGCGCAAGCAGCUUGAGUUGCCGUCAGCAGCGCUGGCGGCAAGUGCCGUUGCCCCACUUCCGAAUCGGGGAACCACCGUUGUGGAGGUGCAUGCCACUGCUUCUGGAGCAGCGGUGCACACCAGCAACAGCCACAUUCGCCGCAGUCGCGACAAUGUCACCGCCGUGCGUCAUUUUAAUGAUGAGUUGCCACCGCCUCCGGCUCCGGCUCAUCAAGAGGUCCUGCCUGGACCACCAAUGGUGCCACCGCAUAGAGUUGUCGGCGGAGGAGGUCCUUCGACAAACACCAUAAAAUCGUGGAGCAUUGACUCGCAGUAUCGGAAGCGGUCGCCCAAGCUAUUCGGUCACUAUAGCAGCGGUGGUGGCAGCGGAAUAACCACGCCCACUGGUCUGGGACCCCUACCACCGAUGCCCGCUAUGGAUGGAAUGGCUUGUGGAACCGGCUCCGGAUCCUAUCAACGACGGUACAUUAAUUAUGGCACCAAGCGCAGCCUCAAACAAUCGCCUCGCGAGGAGCACCGCCUGCAGACAUCAUGUAGUCUUCCAGAAACUCCAAUUUUUGCAAGAGGUUGCGACAUUCCACGCACGCCAUAUAGACGCCAAAAUGAGCCGCUGCCAGUUGUCAGUGGCUCGCGCACAGCGCCCAGAUCCAGCACAUCUAACAGUAUAAAUAUGGGCACAUCUAUUAUGGGUAUUGGUGGUGGCAACUACGGUACGGCCCAAAUUUGCCGUCAGCGAUCGAUUAAUCACGCAUUAGCUUCCAAUGAGAUGCUUAGGAUGACUGGGGUCCCUGCCCGCGGAUGGUAUCCAAAGCAACGAGGAAUGCGUCCAGCUUCCACAGAGAACAUCGAUCGCUUAGCUUCCGUGCGGGUUUGGGAUAAUCCGGCGGGUAUGUCGGGAACAGGACAAUCCCGCAAGCCCCUGACUCUGCCACCAAAUCUGACGCCUUCCUUCUUGAAUAAAUCACCGCGUGAGGCACUACGACGAGUAACAAGCCUACUGAUCACCAAGAAAAAAAACCACAAGGAUCGGAAGCACAAGACAUACUGUGAUCAGGCUAUGGAUGAUACCAUUAGCAAGCAUGCCUAUGAGUUCGAAUCAGGUUCUGCCAAACGAAAGGAUAACAGUCGCAAGACGGACAGUGUAGACUCGGAUGUGACAACCACCAAUACGAAAACGAAGAAGAAGGGCCUUUUUAAGUCCCUGUGGAAACGCACGAAAACCGUCUCUAUGGAGCAAUAGAGAAGUUAAAACUGAAAAACUGCCCAGAAAAGCAUACGAUAAUAGCAAUGAAGACGAUAAUAACCCUGCACUUGCAUACACUCACGUUUAUAUAGGGUCAAAAGUUGACAGAUUAUCUCUGCACCCAAUCGAUCACCCUGACCUUUCAGCAAUUCCUCGUGCUCAUGCUCGUGUUUGAUUGGUCAUUCAUCUUGAAAAUAAUUGAAGCAAUUUUGACGGUCAUAUUAAAAAAAUAAAAUAAAUAAAAAGCACAAAUGCCGUGAAUCGUAAAGACUGAAAAGAAAGCGUAAAACUACAAAGCAAAAUUUAAGCAAACUUAAUAUGAAAUGAAACUAAAUAAACAUAUGAAAGCCAUACUCUAUACUCCCAACAAACACGAACGAAAAAAGAAAACUGAAAACAUGCGGCAAUAUAAAUUUGAGGCUAUAUAUAUUUACCCUUAACUAUUCCCGACACCGACACCACAUCAAUUAAAUGCAACUUCAUAUUUCAUGGCCAUUAGAAACCAAAAACUUAGCGAAACCGGCGCAGAAGAAGAAACUGACAACUUAUAUAAAAGCACUGAAUUUAUAUAUACGUAUAUAGAUAUGAGCGAUAUAUACGCAUAGUUUGGACUAUAACUGAACCGCUUAGGGUUCUAAGCAACAACAUUACUUACUUUAUUAUGAUGUUUAAAAUAGUUACAAAACACUAUUUUUUGUAACUGAGGAAUACGUUUUGGUUGUCCUCUUUUAAAUGAGUUUAUAAACGGCUUUCGGGAUACAGCGAAGCUAAAGUGCACGGGCAGAGUGCAAUAAGAGAAGAGGAGCCGGAAGUGUUUCACUCUUGAAAAGAAACUCAAGCCAACCACUACCAAUGAGAACGUAAUCUAAAGGCCAUUUACAAUAUUAAGAUAAAUUGAAAUCCACGAUCAACAUAAUUUAAUUUUGUAAAAAUUUAAAAAGAACGAAGUUACGCCCUCCACAUUUCAAAGAAUUUUUCGACGAAAGCCAAUUCGAAAUGGAUUACGAAAACCAACAUCCUAAAAAAAAAUUAAAAGCAAAAUGAAUGCUCAAGACGAUUUUACACCACACAAUGCAUUUUUCAAAUUUUGAACGAGAGUAAAAGUGGGUAUUUGGAGCCAGAGAAAACUGCAAGAAGCAACAAAACUGUAAACGUUUACUAGUCAUUAAAUAUAAAUGAAAAAAAUAAAUAAAUAAACGAUAGAUAUAUAUACAUAUACAUAUGGAAGAUACAUAUUUUUUAUUAACACUCACUGAAGAAAAGCCUGCGCAGCGAUUGAAAUAAUUGGCGGCAUUUUUUUAAACAGCAAGGAGCUGGCGCCCAAAGGAGCAAGUUUCAAGUAUUAUUAACGAAUUACACAUUAUGCUAUAGCAAGUUGGUAUUUAUUAAAAUUAAUUAUAUAUAUGUACAAUUACUUGAUUUAA